AUGGACACAUUUAAAUCCCAGGGAAUGAUGGUCCAGGUUUUGCGUGGAACGUCUUCGACUAGCGCCGCGCAGAGCUAUAGCGAAGGUAGUUCGCUUCCAGGACAACGCUAUAUUAUGAGCAGUGCACCUCACCCUGUUACUAAGAGACUUGCAGUUCAGUCAUCUCAGCCAUCUAUUGCUAAUCGUACAAUGGUUGUGACCCCAGUACAGUCACGUUUUACGCCAGGAAUUCGUUUGGGAACUCAUCAGUCGUUAGACACUACAAUGUGUGGUUUGAAACGGCCGUUCACUCACGAUUAUGGCCACGAGUUCAAUGCAACUCGUAAAUUUCCAAGAAGCGCUGAUAAAUCAAAGGGCCUGAGGCAUUUCAGCACUAAAGUUUGCGAAAAAGUAAAGGAAAAAGGAAGGACCAAUUACAAUGAGGUGGCAGACGAACUUGUUACAGAGUACUUUGAUUCUUUGAGCCAUCCUCCUGGAGAUUCUGAGAAACAGCAGUAUGAUAUGAAAAACAUCCGAAGGCGGGUUUAUGAUGCGCUUAAUGUACUAAUGGCAAUGAAUAUUAUCGAAAAAGAAAAGAAAGAAAUAAGGUGGGUGGGUUUGCCUACCUCAUCUCUUCAAGAGUGUAGGAGACUUGAAGAAGAAAAAGCCAAACGGCAGGCUCGUAUAAGACACAAAGCAGAACAGUUACAAGAGCUUAUUAUUCAGCUCGUGGCAUAUAAAACUCUUGUGGAGAGAAAUCGUGAGAAAGAGAGGGAAGAAGGACGACCUGCUGAGAAUUCUGUUCUUUAUCUCCCAUAUAUAGUAGUUAAUACUGACAAGAAAACUAUGAUUGAUUGUGCGAUAUCGCACGAUAAGUAUGCUUUUCUAAGCGAAUUUCUUUUCAAUUUCGACCAGCCUUUCGAGAUCCAUGACGAUAUUGAAGUGCUAAAGCGGUUGGGCUUAGCUCACGGUCUUGAAGUUGCAAAUGUGCCUAUGGAAAAACGUGCACGGGUCAAAAGUUUUUUGCCUCCUGCAUUGCGUGAAUAUGUUGAUCAAAUACUAGAAGGGACUCUUUGUGGAAAUAUUUCGGAGCCCGUCGCUAAUCAAGCCCCCUGUUUGGAAAGAAAAUCGAUGCCUACUAGUUACAGUGGAGGUAAUUCUAUAGUGCGUAUUGGUGGAUCACCGACAAAUUACGGAAGUGGAACUUCUCGUUCCUAUGUGGGUACUGCAGUAAGUUAUGGAACUGGAUCUCGAGUGGCACAGGGGACUCGUUAUGCCGUUCUACCACGGCAUACGGUGCCUACAGUGACCCCAUCUCAUUUUGUGUCAGCAGUGUCUACUUAUCGGACUGCUCCAGCAGGAACGCGACAGUAUGUGGUGCAACAAAAUGGUUCUGGCCAGCAGAGGUCUUACAGCGUUCCUCGCCAACCUCCUGUUGCGUAUACAAUACAGUCUCCUGGUCAAGCGCAGCAUAUACAGGGCCAACGCUUUGAGGAGAUAUAUGAAAACGAAGAAGAAAAUGUACGUUAUGAAUAA